UUAUAAAAACCUCACUCAAUGAGAGUGAUGAUUGAAUUCAUAUUUUAAGAGAACUUUGCUUCUAUUUUCACCUGGAGGAUUGUAGUUAUUCCCCAUGCGUCUUUUUGGCAUCAUGGGCAACAAGAACGUUCACAGCAAAUGCAAAUGUUCGACAAACAAGUCUCAGGACCGCUGCUCCUCUCCCAAAAUGUCUCCGCUUUCAAAUUUGGAGGCGAUUGAUUCUUCAGCUGACAGCGACAGGGCGUCGUGCUUUCUUGCAAGCGGCCAUGACGUGGCAGCAGUUCAAGAUAAUGUUGAAGAUGUCCCUACAAGUUCACAUUCUAUAUCGAAAGACCAACGGAUUUUGAUGAAUGCCGAAGAAUCUGGUGACUGUUACGCUAAAGAUAAUACUUGUUAUGUUCCAUCUUCGGUUAUCGAGAACGAAGCAGCAGCUACGGUCGAUGAAACUGAAAAUUCUGUAGAAAUUUUAUCCGUCACAAACUUGACUGCGUCACACAAUCCCCAUCGAAUACAUCCGUCCCGGGCUGUGCCUGUCAUAUCCUGUUCAUCCACAAGACCGACUGCAUCUUCAGGCAACUCCUCCAAGCUGUCGAGUUUUUUUGUCCGACGAAGCCAAUCUUUGAGCCUGCACCGUCCCUCUCAAGUCACGCCUGAGAAGCCCUUUGCAAGGCCGUCGUCUCCCUCACUCCAGCAUGGUCGUGAAGCAGCCCCUUGUCCCUCUGAUGCUGCCAACCGACCACUCGCACCCUCUCAUGUUCUUCCUCCUCAUGGCCAGUCAUCGUGUUCUGGCCAACGCUCGGCAAAAAACGGUGACUGUAACUUUUCCGAGAUUUCCUGUGCUGCUUCAACCGUCCAUGAAAACUUGUCCGAAGCAGAUAGUUGUAACGCGACGUCGGAUAAUGAGUCUAGUCGAAGAAAUAGUUCGCUUGUUCCACUGUGGGUCACCUCUGAUCAAGAAAAUAAUGGCAUGGAUCAUAAUGAUGCCGUUGAUUCUGGCUUGGGUGAUGCCAAAACAGAUAGCGUUGUUUCUAAAACCGUAGAGGUUAUUGCAGGAGAAUAUGUGAAUAACUCUAGCAACAAUCAAAGAGGAUCUGCCAGUCUCUCAUUAUAUUCAGCGAAAAAUAAGCGCCCUCUGGUGCUUCCGCUGCAACAUUCCCUGAACGAUCCCAGUAGUCUAUCAAUUAAUUCUUCAACGGCGUAUCAGCCUUCUUUGUAUCCUGCUGCCGACCCUUGUAAGCAAUUCCACUCACGCACUCUUGGUAAGCGAAUUGUUGGCUGCAAUCAGAGACUCACGGCGGGCCAGUACAAUUCUCUAGCAACUAGAGGACAUUUUGGUCGCAGCACUCGAGUGCAACCUCCAUGUGUCAACCUUAAUUCACCAGAAUCUAAAUUUGAAGUUAGACCGUCCAUAAUUGGUGAUUUAAGUGGCAAAUCGCAGACCAUCAGUAAUCGUAACGAUAUCAACACGUACGAAAAUUUUAAUUCGCAUAUUAUGCGCCGAACUUUAAAUCACAACCAACAAAACUCGGUAACUUCUGGUCGUCAGUUUCUGAGUUUCGGUAAACAAAGCACUUCAGGGACCAGGAAAAUUACUCCUGCUUCAAGCAUCGGAAAAAUUCAAGAACAAACUGCUGUGCAAAGUUCGUCGUGGAUUGUUCCUACGAAACAGUAUACCAACGUUGUGCAUUGUCAAAGCCAUGCAGCGGGCACCUCGUCAUGGCUGCCGCCCCUGGAGAACUGGAGGUGUGGCGGCGCCGUGUUACCUUAUGGCUGGGAGGAGGCCACCGACAAGCACGGCAAGACUUACUUCAUCAACCAUUUAAACAAGACUACAACGUACUCCGACCCUCGCAAGGAUGACCCGCUGGAGGAACCUCCUAAGCCCCGCACCGUAACCCUGUCGCGUCACCAGGACAUGGGCUUCGGGUUCGUCGCCGGGUCUGAGAAACCAGUCAUCGUCAGGUUCGUGACUGAGGGCGGGCCAAGCGAAGAUCUGCUGCUGCCCGGCGAUCAAAUCUUGGAGAUCAACGGCGAGGACGUGAAGAAGGCGCCACGGGACCACGUCAUCCAGCUCGUCAGGUCCUGCAAGGAAACCGUAACUCUCACCGUCACACAGCCGCCUCUAGAUAACUCGGCUCGGAAGUCUGCCCUGCUGAGUGCGGCGAAGAAGCAGCGGCUCAAGAGCAACCCUUCACGGGUGCGCUUUGCUGAGAGCGUCCAUAUCAACGGCACGGUCGGCACCGCUGAAGUUCCGAACCUGAGCUCUUCCGAGUCCACGACGCCGUUCAUGCCCAACGUCCUCAAAGUCUUCCUGGAAAAUGGCCAAACGAAAUCAUUCAAGUACGACUCAAGCACCACCGUGGGUGACGUGCUCGACAGCUUACAUCAGAAGCUGGGCAUCAAGUGCCCUGGGUAUUUCUCUCUCGUCGUCGAGCAUGUCAAGAGUCUGCGCAGGAACAAGCUCACUAUUCUCGACCCUGCCGAGACUUUGACAAGGGUCCGUGGUUCUGUCUACCAUCAGGUCCGUGGUUCUGUCUACCAUCAGGUCCGUGGUUCUGUCUACCAUCAGGUCCGUGGUUCUGUCUACCAUCAGUGCUGCAACGACGUGGUACAGGAGCGCUUCUCCCCGGAGCUGAAGAGCGACGUGGCUCUUCGUUUAGCGGCGCUGCACAUCCAGCAACACUCCAUCACCAACGGCGUCGCCAGCAGCAAGAUUAGCGUCAAGACCGUCGAACGAGAGUUUGGCCUGGAAAGAUUUCUACCGCCCAGUUUACUGGACGGCAUGAGAAGGAAGGAGCUACGGAAGCUGCUGUCGCAUCUCCUGAAGGUGCAGGCGGGUGCCGCGGCCUCUGCGGGUCAGAAGAAUGUGCCGGCACUGCAGCCCAAGCUGCACUAUCUUAAAAUAAUCGGCGAACUUCCAUCUUAUGGAGCAAAAUGCUUCAGCGGAUGCGUCAUGGAGGCCAAUCAAGAGAGCGUAAUCCUGAUAAGCCCUCGCUUUGGCAUCAGUCAGAUCACAGGCAUCAGAAAUGCUAUGCCUGAAGCGCUGUGCGACAUCGACCAGAUCACCGGCCUGGUCGUGUCCAGAGAAGAGGACAACAUAAGCCUUAAGGUCGACAUCGCUCUUAAGGAUCCUGACAAAGAGAAGUUGAGCGUGACGCUGGAGGAGCGCGACGCAGAGGAGCUGGUGCUGGUGCUGCGCGGCUACUACGCGCUGCUCGCUGAGAAGGCAUUGCCUGUGCAGCAUCUCAGGGACCAGUUCUGCCCUGAUCAGGCUCCGCCGUACCACGCGAAGCAUCGCGUGCAGACGUCGGCAUGGAGCUACGCUACCACGUCUGACGACGUCUCGUCGGCAGCUGACGACACGCGAGGCGAAGUCCCCGACAGAAUUGUGGACCUCAGCGUCGCGCCUCCCUACCAAAAACCUCCGCCGGGGUACAAGGUACAAAUUCCAGUAAAACAAAUCAUAUUUUUGUGUUUGUGCGUCGCGCCUCCCUACCAAAAACCUCCGCCGGGGUACAAGGUUCCAAAUGGAGUUAUCCCUGGCCUCUGUCUAGACGACAACAGCAGCGCCACCUUCAAGUCAGAACUUGACUCUAACAUGAACAAAACGAAUUCUGUGUACGACAACACGUCAGAUGUAGGAACCAUCGUCGGCUCUGGCAUUCCUUCUCGGUCCACUGGCAUUGCUAUGAACAACUCUGGCACUCACAGCAGUGGUACCAACAUAUCAGGCAUCAAUGGUACCACACUUACCGCAACUUGUGGAUACACGGCCACUGCACGUGGUGGUGCUCUGGAUCCUGGUACCAAGAAGGUACUUUUUAGCCGCUGCGAUGGUGAUACGCUGUUCGAAGCCAGGAACGCUGGUGCCGAGAUGACAAGACGCGUGGCAGAGUUGCAGCAGCAGGCAAGUGAGGCAGAGGCUGCAGCGAGUGACGGAGAGACCACUGACGCUGAGAGCGUCCGCUCCGACGGAAACCAGUACGGCAGACUCAAGCACUCCGACUCCUUGCUGCUACUCACUCAGGGCCAGAAGCUGAUUGAAGACUCUCAAGAAUAUUCGGUGCAGCAACAUAAUCAACAGCAACAGCAGCAGAGAGGCUCUGGCAGUGACAGCGACAGCAUGAGCACUCCGUCCCACAGCCCUGCACACAGGCCAGGUGCGAUAUCUGUGAACCAGAACUUCAACUCAAGUCCCGCUGCCCAAACGGCCUCCCCGACUCCCUCGCCCGCCGAGUUGUCGUCGCGUAAAACCAGCGACGCUUCAAGACCUUCGUCAGGCGACAUCAAGACGAGCUUCUCCUCCUUCGGGCUGCACUCACCCGACAACUUACCCAUCACGGCACAGGCUCGCCAGGACGACCUGCGCUCCCUCAUCAGAAAACUCGAAGAUAAUUCCGGACUUCCCUACACCUUCGCUGAAGGAACUCUGUAUCUCGACCCUGAUAUUAUCGACCUCACAAUGAUCCCUCCUCCAAUCACUCCUGAUGAGGACGGUGCCCCAAAGCUGCUCCCCGUGUCUCAGAUCAGCACGCCUCCCACACCCUUCGCUGACCGGCAAACUCUCGAGAAAGAACUGCUCGCUUUGGAGAAAAGUUCAUCCUCAGCUCUCCCCUCAGUUUAUCAGUUGCAGAAAACGCGAGCGGCUCAGCUGGCAGCUGCAGCGCACGAGGCGGUGGGGUCGGGUUACGACUUGUCUGCCUUUAUAAUCCCGCCGCCGCCAGCGUCCAACGGAAACAAUCGUUCAUCAGACAUAAUCAAACGCCUAUACGAGGCAAAAGCAGGCAUUAUUAGAGUCGUUGGUGACGAUGGACUCUUGGGUGGAUCCAGAGAAACAGAAAAAGACUUGGACGUCACCGAAGUCCUUCCAAACACCAAAAUGUGUUCUACUCUACCCAGCGGAAAAGUAGCGUCUCUUCAAAAGCAUUUUGAAGCUCAGAAGCAAUGGUCUACUCUAAGUAGAGGUCAAAUUAAUGUUAAUGUUGGAUCUGUAAACUCUGAUAAUUCCUUAUCUGUGACAACGCCUAAUGUUUCUCUCAAUAACGGCUAUAGAAUAGCUGGCAACCCUCGAAAAAUGAGCGAAAAACAACUUUCUCCCGCCGACUCUUCAGGCUACGACAGCCUGCGUUCCGAGAAUUCGAACCCACCAAGUGAACUUGACGUGCGACUUGCACAAGCACUCGAAGAAAACGACCAAAUGUUCAAAACUUUUAAUUCAAGCAAAAGAUCUCAAAACGAACAAAAUCACUCACCAAAUGAAAAAGCUUCGGAAUCCAUUUCGCCUUCCGUCUCGUCGAGAAUACGAAAUUUCAAUUCUAAUAUCACUGGCAGCAGCUGUCAAAGAUUGGCCAGUUUACCAAGACAACAAUCUUUCCCGAACACUGGUAGAAGCGACGUCGAGUCUACGCCUCCUUCUCCGCCUCCACGCUUGCCGGUGACAGGUUUAAAGUCGCCUAUUUCACCUCCUCCCUCAGCAUCUGCCAGCUACAGAACAAAUAGAGACCAGUCUUUUUCAUCAUCAUACAAUAGCUUAUCAAAAUCAGCUUCGCAUGGUGAUAUAGCAAGAAGUUCCCCAUCAGUUAAUGGUAGAUCAGAUGGCUCGGUUUCGUCGGAAGAUCUGAGACAAGCAAGAGCACUGAACGGAUCACCGUCUAAACAAAGCGUUAGGUCCAGCAACGAUUCCCUUACCUCUUCCUCUAGUUUAGUGACAGUCAAGAGCGCCUCGCUAAAGAGCUUGGAAGAUGAGCCUCCUCCUGAGCUGCCUCCUAGAAACACUGCGAGCAGACCUUCUGCUAUGAAGCCUCCUCUGCCUCGUAGCGUCUCUCAGGACAAUCCACGCCCACAACCACUGAAUAGUAAAAGCGGUCGUUCACCCUCUCCCCGUCGUCGUAUGUUGCACGUAUCUGGUAGCAGUCGUACAAAGAGCGAUGCUGACGGGGCUGGUAAGGAAGAGCUAACCCCACCAGCGCUUCCGUCUAGAUCUACGAGACCCGCACCUCCCCGCCCCGAUCAGUUGACCUGCGCCAGUAACGGGACUUCCACCCGAUCACUACCCCCAUCUCAGAGUCCUGGAUACAAACCUCCCGUUCCUCCACCAUCUCUAACGUCGCCAGUUUCUACAACCACUGUCGCUAGUCCCACUUCGACUUCUGCAGAUAGAAAUUCUCCAACCAAAUUGAAUCCUUUCUUAAAUCGACCUUUACCUCCUAUCUCUUCGCCGAACAGGAUAGAAAAUGGAUCUUCUAAUCGCGUGUUGUCUGUGAACGGAAGCAAGCCAGACUCCCCCGUGCUUAGAAAUGGUGUCAACGAUACGAAUGGGCCUUUGCAGACAUCGAGUCCCAAGCUCUCGCCGAAAUCCAAGCUUUCUAACGGAAAAUUAGUGUCAAAUUCGAAUGAUUUAGAUGAUUCUUUAGACUCGGGAAGCUUUGAUCAAGAUUCUUUGGACGAGUCUGAGGAUAUUGAGGCCAUGGCUCCUGCAUCACGAGAAGCUUUUAAACAAGUGACUUCUGUAGUAUUAUCUUCUAUUAAAAGCCUAACCAAACUAGCGGCUAUUUGUGCAGAAGCCCAGAAAACCGGUAAUGCUCAAAAGAACGAAUCCAAAUUUCAGGCGGCGAAAGAUGUUCUAACGAGCGAAUCACGACAAUUUGUAACUGCAUCGAAAUUGUUUGUGAAAUCUGCCACGGAAUCUGAAGAGACUCUGCUACAGUGUCUGUCCAACUGCGUAACGUUGCUACAGCGCAUGGUGGAAGUUACUCAGCAAGUUGUCCAGCACACAGCUACUCCCUUGCAGACACAGAACGUCGUGGUGAAAGUGCGAGAUGUUUCAAGCACUUAUCAUACGACGGUGCGGGCAGCGCUUGCUGCUUCGGGACGAGGACUCGAUCAUCCUUCUAUGAAUUCCUUGAUGACACACGCCACCAAUCUGGCUGGGGUAUUGACGGCCUUGAUGCGAACACUCAGAGUCUUUAGUCCUUCUUAAACUCCCUUUAUGUGUCAAUUGCGGUUAUCUUUGUGUGUAUACCCGAUAAACACAGCCUGUGAACAGCUGUGACCACAUAUUACGAAAAAUGUAGUACUUACUAAGAAUUUAAAAGCAAAGAAAAGUCCACAAAAAUUCAUAU